UGUUCUGCUGAAUAAAGAAUGGAAGUGUCAGACAGAAAGUCUGAUUCAUUUUCUUCUAACAGUUGAUCAUUAUUCAAAGAUUUCUGUCGAUGGAUAAGAAGGAAGCAACGCGCACAUGCGGCCAAUGCCACAGAGACGUUGAAGUGGCCAACUUCACUCUGCAUGAAACUCACUGCAGCCGCUUCUUAUGCCUCUGUCCUGACUGUGAGGAAGCAGUUCCCAGACAGCAGCUUCAGCAGCACAGAGAGGAACAGCACGCCCAGGUGAGAUGCUUGAAGUGUAACCAGAAGAUGGAACGCUGUCAGCUGAUGGAUCAUGAAUCUGAUGAGUGUGUGGAGCGUCUGCAGAGCUGUCAGUUCUGCGAGCUGGAGCUGCCGUGGAAGGAGCUGAACGAACACCGCCUGGCCUGCGGGAGCCGCACCGAGCUCUGCGGCGACUGCGGCCGAUACGUCACCCUGAGGGACCGACCCGAGCACGGCUUGACCUGCUCAGCUACUGACGCCGGCUCCGGUCCUCCUCCAGCUACCGGCAAAAUACCAGCAAACAGCAAAAAAGUAACAGUGCUUUGCAGCAGAUGUGCGGCACCGUUUCCAGCUGAGGAUAUAGAGGAACAUGAGCUCAGGUGUGUUCCAGCAACCAGGUCUGAUGAUGAAGAGGAUGAGCCAGAGGAGGAAGAGGAGGAGGAGGUUUCUGAUUUCUCCAUGCGGGGGGUCAGUCGGAUAAGCAGCACCUGUAAGGCAAACUCCCUGUCGCACAGACCCAGCAGUGGUUCGUGGGGUGAGGGAGGGGACCCGUACCAGAUCAGCACCUGCCCCUACUGCCACCUGGCCCUGCCCCUCCUCACACUACGCUGGCACGAGGUGAAGUGUCAAAUCUACGUCCUCUUGAAAUAAAGACAGAGCUCCUCAAGGAUCUGCUGCUUCAGAACGAUGGAAGACAACUAUUCUGACUGCUGACAUGUCAUUUUAUUCAGUUUUAGUUGUAUUUUAAUGUUUAAAUCUUUCGGUUCAGGUUUACACUUUGUUUUUAGUUUUAGGUAGAGAGUAUGUGACUUGCAUGAUGAGUUGUUCGGAAUAUAGCAGUCUGUAUCCGAGCAAACCUGACACUCCUGAUACCUUCGUAAUGCUCUGUCUGAUAAACAGAAACACAGCGACUCAACUGUAAUGAUAAUUACUUCUGUCUAAACCAGUGAACAGAACGUUUUAAGUCAGAAAUCUCAUAUUUAGCAGUUUUCACAGGAGUUUCUAUAGAAAUGGGUCACAUGAUGCUGAAGUCUCCAUUAACAUAAAAGGUUUCCAUGUCAACGCCUGAAAUUCAGUCAUUUCAAAUACAUAUUAACAUACUGAAGAGGGACUUCCUGCGACACACUGACACAAAGUCACACGGUGACAGCUCUUGAAUGUUAUUGGUCAUUUGAAGUCUGUACAUCAGUUUUCAUGUCAUUUAGAGUAAAUAUCCGAUGGCACUAACCUGACUAACAUCAUCUAAGCUGAUGUUGUUGCUACUAUGUUUUGUAAUUUGAGGUGUAUUGUGUUUUCAUUGUAAAAUGUCAUUUUAAAAUAAAUUGAGAUUGUUAUCAAUGGUCAGA